UACAAUUUUUUUUUAAUGUUCAAUAUUAUUAUUUAUAACACCGAUGAAUUGAACAAGUCGUUUUUAGUUACGUUAUUAUUAUGUGAAUUUACCAACGGGAGUCGGGAAAUUGACUAUUUUCGGACGUAUUAGUGCGUAGUGUGCGUUGUAGAUGUGGUAGGUGGGCUGUCGGUGUAUACCAGGCUCAGAAAUUGCUUUACCGAUGGAGGAUCCGAUAGAUCCGACCGCAUUUGGCGACAUCAAGAGACCUGAUCAAGUUGUGACCAUGGCUGCCACUGAUAAUUUGAAGUUCGGUGUGCUUAUCGGACUCGUCGAGGUGGGCCAGGUCACCAACAAGGAGGUGGUGAACACCGUACUUCACUUGGUAAGUGUUUAAAAUUAACAAAUCAUCUAAAAGAGAAAUCACCAACUAUAUCUUAGGUAAUAAAAACAACAUUUUACUAUA